UUUAAUCAUAUCCCAUAGUAAACAAAAAGUGCCCAUUUAAAUGGAAAUCACUCCCACUGUGCAGCGAUAGUUGUUGCUGGCCGGCGAUGAUGAUGAUGGCAGCGUUCUGAGUGUUUUUUCGCCUCAGUGCCGUUCGGUGACUGCUGGCGAGCGAUGUGAGAUUGGUCAGCGGCAGUCCGUUUUUCACUUGGUUACCUAUACGACCGGCGGAGAGUCCCCGCCCCCCCUUGCACCACCACCACACCUGUAGAGCGGCGCAGAGAGGAGACCCACCCACCUGCAAUCCAUAAGAUAUACAACUAGGAUGUCGGGCACUCAGGACCUCGAUCGCAAGUAUCUGCGCAGCAUGCCGGGCCUCUGCAAGCUGGCCUGUUUGCUGUGCAGCUUCAUUGGAUUCCUGUGCAUCGUCUGCGGACCGGUGCGCGUGAGCAACUUCCGGGGCAGCUUCUACCUGGCGGUGGUUUCCCUCGGAUUCGUGGCCACCGCCGGCCUGCUCCUGGCCCGGCUCCUGCGCCUCUGGCAGCGUCAGUGCUGCCGCUGCGACCCGACCCUCUGGUCCCUGGCGGUGCACUUCUCGCUGGCUUUGGCCUACUUCACGGCCUCCGGCCUCGUCCUGUCCCUGGACAUUGAAGCCUACACGGCGGCAGCGUUCUUUGGACUGACUGCAUUUAGCAUUAAUGGCCUGGAGGCAUAUGGAAACUACAGACGCAGUCGCCAGCGGGAUGUGGCCACCCAGACGAUAUAGAUUCGAUUUGGUUUCCAGAUUUAACUACAGAUCGCAGCUUUAAAGCAAAAAAAACUACUUCAGAUGUAUCUGAGAGAACGAGUAUCUGCGAGAGCGAGUAUCUGCGUAUCUAAGUAUCUGAGAGUUCAAUUAACUGAGCGAGAGAGAGAGAGUGAGGGAGAGAGAGUGCUUGCUGUGUUGUUGGCGUCAUUAUCAAAGUCUGAAAAAUGCGAAAAUGUGGAAAAGCUAUUGUCGCUGCACAGUUAUGGGAUGUGUUAUCUAAUAGUCGCUAGAUAUAGGUCAAGAAUUGAAAAAGCUAAAGCCGGCAGAUCCAUGAAGAGAGAGAUCCGAGAGAGAACGGAAGCCGGAGAGAGCAGAGAGAGCAGAGAGCAAAUGCCAAAGAGAUAAUGCCCAUUGUGUACGGCCUUCUCCUCCCCCUCCUCCCCCUCCUCCAGUACUUCUCCCUCCCUCCCCCGAUAACUGGUUAACAAAGCGUGAAUACACACACACACAUUAAUAUAGUAUAUAUAUCUUCUUUUUUUAUAAUUUGGUUAAGUAACUUUGUAGCUAUAGCCAUGCAUAUAUUCUCAUUUAACUGAUAGUUAUUUUAGUUUGUAAUUAAUUAAACUAGUUUGUCAACCGCUGAUUUGUUAAGUUUAUAAAUGAAACAAACAAACAAAGUUACU